AACCACUUCCCAGCUUCAAUCUUUUUCAAGUUUGAAUUUUUAUUAACAUAUCUGCAAUGCCCAUUCCAACAAGAAUGAGUUUGGUUUUGUAUUUCUUGUUUUUGUUUGGCCUACUUCCUCCCUCAUUCUAUCUUGUCUCUGGGUUAACCUCUGAUGGCUUAAACUUAUCAUUACUCAUGAGCCGCUGGACCAAAAUACCACCCACCAUUUCUUCUACAUGGAAUGCUUCAGACCCAACACCUUGUUCAUGGGUUGGAGUUUAUUGUAACCCUACCCAUCAUGUCCAUGCUCUCAACUUGUCAAGUUACCUCAUUUCUGGUGCUUUAGGCCCAGAACUUGCUUACUUGAAGCAUCUUAGAUCAAUUGACUUGAGCUAUAAUAACCUAUCUGGUUCACUUCCUUCACAAUUGGGUGAUUGUACCCUUCUUGAUUAUUUGGAUCUUUCUUACAACCUUCUUACUGGAAGAAUACCACAAAGUCUUGGGAACUUGAUCCAUUUAAGAUACUUAAGUCUUUAUAACAAUAAACUCACUGGUUCUAUCCCUUGGCAAAUUGGGAAUUCUAGUCAUCUCCAGGAACUGGAUUUUUCUUUCAACCAUCUUACAGGAACAAUACCAGAAAGCCUGUGGAAUUUGCAAAAUCUAAGAGUUUUAAGUCUUUAUGAUAAUUCUCUUUAUGGUUCCAUACCCAAAUCCUCCUUUCACAGUCCCCAUUUGGAAACUCUUUAUCUCAGUUUUAACCAGCUUAGUGGUCAGAUACCGUUCAUGUGUAACCUGACCAAGCUUGUAGAUUUGCAGUUGGACAACAAUCGACUUUCGGGUUCUAUUCCUUCAUCCCUGGGGAAUUGCAGUGUGCUCCAGACACUCUCACUUGCUAACAAUCAGUUGACUGGUACAUUGCCUAAUAGUCUUUAUGAUCUUGCCAAGCUUACUACUUUUGAUGUCCAUAAUAACAGUCUAGAGGGUAGCGUUCACUUUGGUUCUGGUAAUUGUAAGGAGUUGGCCUAUUUAGAUCUGUCUUUCAACCACUUCCAUGGUGUUCUUCCUCAUCAAUUGGGAAAUUGUAGUAGCUUAAACCAACUAGCUGCUGUCAGCUGUGGCUUAAGUGGUUCCCUCCCUUCUUCUCUUGGAGAACUCACUUCAUUGACUACCCUACACCUUUCUUCUAAUCGUUUUUCGGGAAAGAUACCACCUGAACUUGGCAAUUGUAAAUCCUUAGUUGGUCUAGAACUCCAUGCUAACCUACUUGAGGGAAACAUCCCAAAUGAACUUGGAAUGUUAAACAAAUUGCAAAUAUUCCAAGUAUUUGAUAACCAUUUGACAGGAGAAGUCCCUAUUGGAAUUUGGAGAAUUAAAGACCUCAAGAAGCUGAACAUAUAUGACAAUGGUUUUUCUGGGGAAUUACCGAGCGAGCUUGCUGAAAUGAAACAAUUGAGAGAGAUUACGUUGUUCAACAAUCGGUUCUCUGGAGUUAUACCUCAUGGCUUGGGAAUCAAUAGUAGUUUGACGGUAAUCGAUUUCACCAAUAACUCAUUCACUGGAAAAAUUCCACCAAACCUUUGUUUUCGAAAGCAGCUGCAAAGGCUACUUUUGGGUUUUAAUCGUCUUGAAGGUAAUGUACCUCCUGACGUAGGAAGCUGUUCUAGUCUUUCGAGAUUAAUUUUGCAAGAAAAUAAGCUCACAGGAGUCCUUCCAAAAUUUAUGGAGAACCAUAACAUGCUUUACAUGAACCUUAGGAGCAAUGGUUUCAUUGGAGAAAUUCCAGCUAGCUUUGGAAAGCUUACCAAUAUCACAGAAAUCGACCUCUCGAUGAAUAAAUUCCGAGGUCAGAUACCCCCAGAGCUAGGAAAUCUUGUAGAGCUUCAAGCUUUGAAUAUUUCCUACAAUGAGUUGGAAGGUUCUUUGCCAUCUCAGCUGUCCAACUGCAGCAAGUUGUUGGAAUUUGAUGCAGAUCAUAAUUUACUAAGUGGCUUAAUCCCAGCCACAUUUGGGAAGUUGAUUCGGUUGUCAACUUUAAGUCUAAGUGAGAAUCGUUUUUCCGGGGGAGUUCCACAUUUCGUAUCUGAACUCCAAGCUCUAAUAAAUCUUCAACUAGGUGGGAAUUCAUUGGGUGGAAAUAUCCCUUCAUCCAUAGUAGAGCUCCGUAGUCUGAAUAGGUUGAAUCUCAGCAACAACGGACUGAAUGGAGACAUUCCUUCCCAUUUCGGGAAGAUGGUAAUGUUAGAACAUUUGGAUGUUUCAUGCAACAAUCUGACCGGAAAUUUGGCAUCACUAAGCGACGCCCGUGGACUGAUCGAUUUCAACGGCUCAUAUAAUCAUUUCACAGGUCCAAUACCAGCGAUACUGUUGACAACUCCCAGCAUAUCUAAGUUGUCGUUCUUAGGAAAUUCAGGCCUUUGUGCCGAUUGUGGCUCAAGCUGUGUUGAAAACAGUAAUGUCAAACCUUGUGUCCUUGGAUCAAGUAAUCGGAAACACCUGAGCAAACAGCAAGGUGUUAUGAUAGCCGUUGGAAUGAGUCUAUUUGUGGUUGUUGUCUUCCUAGUACUUUAUCUGGUGGUUAUCUGUCGCAGAAAAUGUGAACAGGAAAACGACAUGCUUGCUGAAGUGGGUGGUUCGUCUUUGCUCAUAAAAGUACUGGAAGCUACCGAGAAUUUGAAUGAUAAGUAUAUUAUUGGGAGAGGAGCCCAUGGCACCGUGUACAAGGCUUCCUUCGGUCAUGAUAGAGUGUAUGCUGUGAAAAAGCUUGUUUUUGGAGGAAUAAAAGGAGGGCAAACAAGUAUGAAAAGAGAAGUUGAGACAGUUGGGAAGAUCCGGCAUAGAAAUCUGGUGACAAUUAAAGAUUUCUUGAUAAAAGAGGAUUACGGUUUGAUCUUGUACAAUUAUAUGGCAAAUGGUAGCCUCCAUGAUGUUCUUUAUGAGAGAAAUCCACCAUUAACCUUAGAUUGGAGCACUCGAUAUAAGAUAGCUUUGGGAACAGCCCAUGCCUUGGCAUAUCUCCAUUUCGACUGUGAUCCAGUGAUUGUGCAUCGAGAUAUCAAACCCAUGAAUAUACUUUUGGAUGGUGAUAUGGAGCCUCAUAUCUCAGAUUUUGGCAUUGCCAAGCUUCUGGAUCAUUCUACUGCUUCACUACCAACCAACACACUUCUGGGCACAAUAGGAUACAUUGCUCCAGAAAAUGCAUUUACAAGCUCCAAAAGCAUGGCGUCUGAUGUGUAUAGUUAUGGGGUUGUGUUGCUGGAGCUAAUAACUAGGCAGAAGGUUGUAGAUCCUUUGUUCAUGGAAAAAACAGGCAAUGUGGACAUUGUGUCAUGGGUUAGGUCAAUAUGGAGCGAAACUGAGGAAGUUGAGAUGAUCGUGGACGAAGAGCUUUUAGAUGAAGUUGAUGAUAACGAGGUAAGGGAACAAGUGAAAGAUGUGUUAUUGCUGGCUAUAAGAUGUACCGAUUGGGAACCAACCAGAAGACCGUCGAUGAGGGAGGUAGUAAAACGUCUGGAUGAUGCAAACAGUGGGUUCAAAAGCACACGAACGUAGAUCUUAACGACGACCCUUGUCUGUUAGUACAUGUUUUCAAGCCCCACGUGUCGUACUUAGAUAGUAGCCCGUUUGUCGGUAUAUAAUUAAUAUCUGUCUGCCUUUUUUUCUUCUUGUUGUUUAAGUUGAUGUAUUAUUUAUGAAUGAAUGGGGCCAAGUUGUGGUGGUCUAGUUAUGUAUGCACUCAUUUAUAUCUAUAUUCAAAUGCAUACAUAUCUGUUUGGUUGGAUCA